ACAGCCUAAAACGUGUUCUGUUGAAUUGUUCCGUCUAAAAAUAACGUCGAACCAGUUGAGGAAGUCGAUGUCAAUUUGUUGUUCCUUAAAAUGUUUUGUGCAAAACAACGCAGGGUCAUUUCAUUGAGAGACACGUACACGUCGAAUAGCUUCCAGCGGAAACCGAUACUUUCACGCCCUAAGUUUAAUUUUGCUUACAAAAAAAAGUCUACAAGCGAUGUCUCAUGAGAAAGUGAAUCACACGAAAGAAAGCCAUCUAUUCAACGAACUAUGGAACAUUCAAAGUAAAGAGUUCGUUAUAGCUGUGACAUUGUUAGGUAAGUGACAUAUGUACAUUAUACGGGUAUUAAACCCAACGUUUUCGCCUUUACUUAAUAUAUUGUUUGCAUACCUUUUGAUAGAAGCGUUAAAAUUCAAAAUUCGAAAUUCAAAUGUUUUCAAUUACGAUGAAAUUAGUUGUUAAAUGAAGCGUCUGGGUUCACAGGGUACCGAUUUACUUUAGUGUUGGAGUUGGCAAAUGAAGUUCUUUUUGGCCUCCUUUUUGUCGAAAUCUUGUUGACGAAAUGAAGACUUUUAAUCUUUAAAAACAACUGAAAUAACAAAAUAGGUCUUAUCACGGUUUUCGACGCCAUCUUGACGAGUAGGCAACCGCGUGAGAAAUUACAGUGUUUGUAUGAGAAUCUAAUGUCGAAUAAUUUCGGUGAAACGGCUAUUCUGAAAAAAAAAUAUGAACUGUAAACUAAAGCUACACAGCAAAGGAUUUUACUGUCAAAUAUUGGGGGCCGUUACUGUGCUUAAUUUUCUUCAGACGCUUGCUUCAGAUUUUCCACAUAUUUGUCUGCAAUUUUUUCCCGGGAAACGUUUACAGGCAAAUGUAUAAAAAAUUUUAAAAAGUGGUUCUAAGGCAUAUAGCUGCAUGCAACGACUUCAAUUUUUUUCAGAAGAAUCGUUAGGAGUGAAAAUUUAUUUUGCAAUUCAUAUUUUUUUCAGAACAGCCGUUUUACGAAGAUUUUUGGACAUUAGAUUCUCAUACAAACACUGUAAUUUCUCACGCGGUUGCCUACUCGUCAAAACCGUUAUAACGCCUAUUGAGCGGGACCAUAUGUUUUGCAUAACAAAUUAGAGUCACUUUAGCAUUAUUUUUUAUUAAAAAAUCAUUAGAAUGCAUAGUAAAGGAUCGUUGGAUGUUCUUAAAUAAAAGCAACAAGUGGAGAUAGUUUUUCUCUUUUUAAAAGUAACGAAACCUUAGAAAUCCUUUUCAGAAAUGUACAUGUCAACUUCUACCAAAAAAAAUGAGCUUUAAUUAACAAAGAUACUCUCAACUGUUUAGGCUAAACGUUAAUAAUCUACUUUAGACACUCGUUAGAAGCUUUUGGGUCACGUCUGAUCUUAAUUCUGAUCACGUCUGUUCUUAAUUCUUGUUAUAAUCGGAAUGUUCUAUUAAUACUGCCCUUUGAGGAAUAUAUUUAUUAGCGAAAUGAAGAAAGGCAGUAUUUCGAGGAUCCAAAAUAAUUGCGAUUUACCAAAGAAAUCUUGUCGAGUAUAACAUAUGUACAACAGACUAAAACAAAUCUAUUUUGGAACUAAUUAACCCUAUUCAGGCCGGGCAUUUAUUGGACUCGAUUUCCCUUGCCCUCUCGGCUCCGGUUUUCUUCUUCCCCGAGAAGAGAAUUUCUUCACUUGAGGAGCGCAGUAUCAUAUCCCGAACAGCGGCUGGUAAUGGAGCCCAGGCAUUUAUUAGGCGCGGCGUCCUAACAGUCAGUGGGGCCCUUUAAGGCCCUUCUCUUAAAUUUUAAAACCGCUCCUCAGGGGAGAGAUGCGGCCACAAGCUUAACACAGUAUUGUCCAUCAUUGUUAACGUCUCGGUAUAAUUGAUUGAUACCAUGACGAAAUUUGACAUCAUUAUGAAGCCAUGUUUGCUUAUCGCUGAACCCAUAUACUUCACCAUUCUUUCCCGAAAAUAUCUACAAAGCGAAAAGCAUUGUAUGUGCUGAAAUAGGAACUUGUCGAUAAAAUCAUGAAGCGGUUUAACACAUUCAUGGUCUUAAACAAUGGAAUUGACGUAGUAAUGACGUCGUUAAUAAUUAAGAAGAAACUGGAACCAUCCACCAUCAAUCGUUUUGCAUAAAAACCAAUCUGAAUCGAGGUUAUUGUGAUGUAAAAUUUUAACUCCUUGGUGUUAAGGUGGCUAGAUACAGUUUUUCAGAGUCAAUACCUCCAAGUUUGAGCAUAAACAACGUCGCCAUAAACAAAGAUUUGGAAAAAUAUGCCGCCACCGUUGUAUUAGAUAAAGAUGGGAAUUUGUUAUGAUCAGGGUUACAAUGACAUCGGAGUUGUCAUAGCAACGAAAUGACGCCAUCACCUAUUUACUUGCAGGAACUGUUCGUCCAAAAUCGUUCACGGUAGCUUCUUCCUCUAAUAGCCGCCUCUGGAUGUUCGGUGAAGCUUAAGCGGAAUCUGUUAGAGCGUUAUCAAGAUAUUUAUGUUAGAAAUAAGGUAAAAAGUGGACGAUCUUGAUGUUCGGCUGUUAUCUGUAGAAAACGAAGCGCUCUCGGCAUGCAUUUUCACCUGAUAGUAGUUUCAAUCUUUUUAAAAACGUAUGCGAAAGAUCAUGGAGAUACCUUCAGCCGAUUUCUAGAAAGAGGGAUUUGAUUAAUAUGAAUCGAGGAGCUCGUGUUAGCGGUUUUGUAAAUGUUUCGGUGAUGUAAUUGAAAAAAAUAUAAAUUAGCGAAUAAUUUUUAAUCCGCUCGAUAGAUUUUUUUUAACAAUUUAAGAUUCUUGAGAUUAACCGUCCUUUCAUGACCUUUUGUUCACGGGGCUUUAAAUUACCGGUUAACCUAACAAUAAAUGAUACGAUAAACUUUGUAAAAAUUAACUCGAAAACUUGAUAAUCUUGCCCAAAUCAUAUCUUCAGUCACAAAUACGCCUUGGGAGACAGCACGUUUCCCUAAAAAAAUAAAUAAAUAAAUGCAAACGCAACAUAAUGUUUCAACAGGGUUAAUCUUGAUCAUUGGACUUCUUGGCAAUGGAAUCGUGGUAGCAGUAAUCUCAAACUUGCGCCGGCGAGGUCAGAAAACAUCUGUUCAGCUUUUUCUCCUUAACUUGGCCGUCUCCGAUCUGAUGGUGUGUUUGCUGUGCAUUCCCCUAACCAUCUUCACAAAUUUUUACUACCCCAAAGACAUGACCAGAAGAGACUAUGGUUUAUGCAAGUUAGCGCGAUUUAUGCAGGUAAAAUAAUUCUAAUGAUAAGCUUCGUGCAAACCGACGUAACAACUCCCAACAUUGUUUACCCUAAAGUUGGACCGGUCUCAAACUUUGCGAAAUUCAACAACUCCAAACAACAAGCCGCGAACAAUAUGCAACAAGGUGUGCAAACGGACUCAGCAUCCAACAAUGUUGGGAGUGGUUGGCCAACAAUGUUUUGUUCGUUUGGACUGGGCUUUAAGUAGAUUCAGGUGGCAAUUUCAGAGGACCUAGUUGCAUUAAUAGACGUAAAAAUAAUUUUUUUAGGGCCAAAUAAAUUUUUAAAAUCUUUCAAUGAAGACAGAUAUACUAAAGCCCCAUGCAAACGUACGUAGAAUUGUUGGUCAAGAACUCCCAGCAUUGUUUGGAUGCAUGUUACUUGCUUUUGCACACCCUGUUGCAUGUUGUUGCGUGUUGUUGGGACUUGUUGCGCAAGGUUUGAAACCGGUCAGACUUUAAGUUAUGUGAAAACGGACUCAACAUCGUUGGCCAACAACUCCCAACAUUAGGAGUUGCUGGCCAACAAUGUUGAGUCCGUUUGCAAAGGGCUUGAACUUGUUCUCGCGGCAGCAAAAUGGUCCAAGAGCGCCAUGAUUUGGGGUUUGUGUGGUUGUUUGAUUCAGUGUAUGUACUACGCAGGUGACGACAUAAGGAACUACGGAGCGAAUCGAUGGAUAGAUGGGUGAAAACGUCCCGGUUUAACUGCAGUGGAUAGUUAUGUAGAGAAUUUGAAACCGAAUUCUUUAAAAGAAAAAAAUGUUAAUAGACUCAAACUGCAAUUUUCAAAUUUGACGUGUAAACAAUUAUUCCAAAGAAUCCGGAUUCUUUUCCGCUUGCGAAUACAUGUGAGUGUAAUUUUAAUUUGAGGCUAUACGAAAUAUAUAAAUGUCUGUGUGACAUUUCUCUGCAAUAUGGCUCCUCGUUUCUCCAAAUUAUAACCAUUUAUCUCUAUAAAACAAUAUAGAAAACUAUGAAAAACUACAUAUUCAGUAUUGUGUAUUCUAUUCCUUUUCCGUAGUACGUCAAUCCAAUAAUCUCAGUCAGCCUGAUGACCGCAAUAAGUAUUGAUCGGUACAUGACAUUUGUAAAGCAGGAAUUAACGUGCAUCAAUAGACCUUGGUAUCUCAGGCCAGCCUGGUUGAUCGUCUUUGCUUGGGUAUACGGUACAGUUCAAUGCCUUCCGAUUUUUUAUACAAGCAAUUUCAUUCCUCUUGAUUAUAAUAACAGCACCAUCUACUACUGCAGUACUACGCAAGGCCAGUCUCUUGAAGGAACGAUUUAUCUCGUUGCCUCAGUCUUACUUGGGUUCGUGAUACCUUUAGCAGUCUUAACUAUAUCAUAUCGCAAAAUUAUAAAAGUGAUAUCGACCAGGGGUCGUAGACUUGCUGCGUCUGCAGGUGACAUAUCCAGUCCCAAAAUCACAAAUGCCAAGUUGCUGGAAAAGUCCAGAAGAAGAGUUCUUCGCGUGUUGGUAAUUGUUGUCAUCUGCUUUGUCGUCUGCUGGUUGCCUUUCGCUCUCUACUUUGGGCUACUGGUGCAGCAUCUCAGGGAAUUUCCGAACGUUAUGGAUCCGGUGACUCAUAACCUAUGGACUGGGCAUAUCAAACUCGGUCUGUAAUCCUUUUAUUUACUUCUUCAACGUCUGCGGCAAGUCCUAUCGUUCCAUGAAAAGUAGGUUCCUUGAGGUAUUGGGAAGGAGGGAGAGAUUAUCGUCUCAAAGGGUAAUAACCAGGUCCUUGUCUUCAAGGUCCGCCUGCAUAACCAAACAAGACGGCCAGAAGUAGAGGAGUUGGAUGUUAAUUCACUUUCUGUUGUCCGAUUAAACAUCGAUAUCAAAUAUAAAAAUUGCGUUUGUAAACGAACUUGCAUAGUUGGGAGGGUCUGGAUCAGGCCAAGUUCUAGAUCUGUUAAUCACUGCGUCAUGCAUGGCAUGAUUUUUUUUUAGUUUUAUUUACUUUUACCAGCUUUUCUGGACACCGGCCUGCCCAUAGGGAAUGGGCACGAACGGGACUCAUAUGUCCCAUGCAAGGUGCCAUCCCUACCCAAUCUCACAACCCGUAGAGUUUGGCUACACCACCGAAGUGUACGUCCCCUACUCUUUUCGAACAGUGGUGUGGGUUCUUUUACGUCCCACAAGAACAGAUCAGUGAAAGUGCUGUGAGACGGAACCUACCGUGUUUCGUCCUUAUCCGAGAAGACUAGAAAGUAUUACCAUUUGCAGAUGUCGUUACAAAGGAAGCACUUUCUUCCCAGGUAUUUAAAGACCCUGAGUGUUAGUCCGGUCGGUGUUUGAACCCGUGACCUCCCGCUCGGCAGACCGGCGCUCUCCCAACUGAGCUAACCAGGCAACAGUAUCGGCUUAUAUUAUUAAGGACGUUACUGUAGGUUUUCCUCCCUGCCUGUACAUCUUUUCCU